GAUUGCGGCAAGGGUUUCACGUUGAGGAUAAAACUCUCGAAACAUCGGAAGUUGGAAUGUGUAAACGUAUAAGGUAACAGCGAUGUGGUCUUACAAGAGAGUGGACGGAUACGACGUCGGUGAGGUGCAACAUCAACAACGAGGAAGUGCCAUCUACGAAACGCGCGAGAGGACUUACAUGUGCGCAGAUUGUGGCAAGAGUUACGCGGUGAAAAGAUCUCUCUGGAGGCAUCGGAAGUUCGAGUGCGUGAAUGCAAAACCGAAAUUCAGCUGUGACAUAUGCUCAUACAAAAGUCCUCACAAAUGGUGCAUCGACAAACACAGAAAGAAACAUCACGACAUUUUCUACAAUCGCUUCCCUAAUUAAAACUCCUAGCACUAUCGAAUUGAUUUUGAAUGUUUAUUCUUAUGAUGAAACGAUUUCUUCUUUUAAUGACAUUUUGUUUUAUUAAUCUUCCAACUAUCUGAA